AUGUCCAUGAACUUUCCCCGGAUGACCCCAGUACAGGCCUCGACCAUCCCACUCUUCAUGGCCCACAAAGACGUUGUAGUGGAAGCAGUCACUGGAAGUGGAAAAACGCUGGCAUUCCUCAUCCCAGUCGUGGAACGUCUAUUACGACUGGAUGAACCCAUCAAGAAACACCAUGUUGGUGCCAUCAUAAUAUCUCCAACCAGAGAAUUGGCUUCUCAGACAUACAAUGUACUUGUGUCAUUACUCGACUUUCAUGCUCCGUCUGCUGCUGCUCGGAGAACGCUCUCAGGCGGUGAGGGGGCCAUUGCCGAAGAGAAAUCAGAUACCAUUCCAUCAUCUACGGCUAAGAUAGUGCCGCAACUGCUUUUGGGGGGCGCCACCACUCCUGCGCAAGAUCUAAGUACUUUCCUCAAGAUAUCAGCGAAUGUACUUGUGUCUACACCGGGACGAUUGCUUGAGAUCCUUUCAUCUCCUUAUGUUCACUGCCCUCAGUCGUCCUUCGAAGUCCUUGUUCUUGAUGAGGCUGACCGACUUUUGGACCUUGGUUUUAAGGAUGAUCUGACUAAGAUAUUGAACCUUCUACCGAAACAGCGUCGAACUGGUCUAUUCAGUGCAAGUGUAAGCGAGGCAGUUGACCAAAUCAUUCGAGUGGGUCUCCGAAAUCCGGUGAGAAUUGCCGUCAAGGUCAAGGGUGCAAAUGGUUUGGAGGACAAGCGCACUCCUGCAAGUCUAAAAAUGACCUACGCUCUUACUCCAGCUUCUGCAAAACUUCCGGCACUUUCAAAUCUGUUGGCGAAACUCGAGCCCAAACCUCUCCGCACGAUUGUGUAUUUGUCAACUUGCGCCGCUGUCGAUUAUUUCCAAGCCGUGCUUCCUUUGAUCCUUCCAUCAGACACAACUCUUAUUCCAUUACAUGGCAAACAUCCCGCCAAUGUUCGACAGAAGAAUUUCGUUCGCUUCACAAGCAGUGCUUCUUCUGCCGUCUUAUUGACCACCGACGUGGCAGCUAGAGGUCUGGACAUUCCCUCGGUUGAUUUGGUGGUACAGAUCGAUCCUCCUUCUGAUCCGAAGGCAUUUUUACAUCGUUGCGGUAGGGCUGGUCGCGCAGGACGAAAAGGACUGAGUGUUGUAUUUCUUCUGCCGGGUAGAGAAGAAGACUACGUAUCCUUCCUCAACAUUCGACAAACUCCUAUCGAACUACUGGAAAAGCCAGACAUCUCCGUUUCCGCCGAAGAAUGUCUUUUGGCUAAAGAAAAGUUCCAAAAACUUGUUCUCAAAGAUAGGAAUCUCCACGACAAAGCUCAGAAGGGAUUUGUCAGCUGGGUGAGAAGUUAUUCCAAGCAUCAAGCUUUUUCUAUUUUCCGCGUGGCUGAUAUUGAUUGGAAUGAUCAUGCAACUGCGUGGGGACUUUUGAGACUGCCUAAGAUGCCCGAACUUCGCAACUGGGACAAAAGCACAUAUGUUACUCCGGACAUGAAUUGGGACACAUAUGCAUACAAGGACAAACAGGCCGAGAGGCAGAGGCUGCAGGCAUUGCGGGAAAACAAAGAACAGACGAAGCAUGAUCAGCCCAAAAACGACAAGAAGCGAGGAAAUACUUUAGCAUGGUCGGAGAAAUUGGAAAACAAAGCAUCCCGAGAAGUGAAACGAUCUAAAAAGCACGCUCGAAGGGAGCAUGUCCGAAUUGCUAAGAUGGACGAUGCCCAAAAGGCGCACGAAGCCGAAACAGCAAGAAUGGUACAACUCAUCCAGCAACAGCAACAGAAUUCCAAAAAUGAUGACGACUUUGAGGGAUUUGGGUGA